AUUAUUUGUUUCAAAUUUUGCCCGAAUCCUCAGUCCCCCUCACUCCUCACUCCUCACUCCUCACGUUCGGCUUCUCGCGCAAAAGAUCCUUCAGAUUACGCUCUUAGCUCAGGAUUUGAAGUUCUUAUGGGAAGAUGACAACUGAGCCUCUGACAAUGGAUCCACCCGACCCGCUCCGUGCCUUCGCCGGGCUCCCUCUUUUACCCCAAACAAUUAGGGUUCAGUCUGAAGAUUCAAUUCCUUCUGAACCGAACAACCUCAACUCAAUUCACCAAUUAAUGAAGUCUAUGGGACUAAGGAAUGCUGAAAAGCUUCUAGAAGAGUCGAAGGCCAUUGUUGAUAAUGGUUCAGAGAUUCUGAAUGCUAAUUUUCCAAGAUUUAAGGCAUCUUUGGAUUUAGAUGAUCAUGUUGCUGCAAAGGUGGAAAAGGAGAUGCCUCGAGAGCGAAGGCCAGGACUUGGCCGGAAAAGGGCUCGAUUUUCUAUGAAGCCUGAUACUAGCAGUCAGCCUAACAUUAGCUUGCAAUCAAGUUUGGACGUUGAUAAACUUCAGGACCCAGAAGAAUAUUUCUUAGCAUGCGAGAAGUUAGAAAAUGCCAAACAAGAACUUAACAGGCAGAUGGGUGUUGUAGCUGAUGACUCAAAUAUCAACAACUUGCCCACUACUGCAAGGCGCCGUAGACCAGGAAUCUUGGGGAAAUCGGUUAGAUACAAACACCGCUUUUCAUCAGUGCCACCUGAUGACAAUGAUACAGAUAUGUCCUCACAAGAAACAUUCAAGCAGGAUGAUCUUUGUGCACUGAAAUCUGAUUUGCAGAAAGAAAACAGUAAUGAUGUUGAGCUAGAGGAAUUAGAACUCACAGGCUUAAUAACUGAAAAAGAAGGCAGGGUCAAUGCAAUUUUGGAUGAACUCCUGUCUCGUGAUGCUAAGGACUUAGAUGAUGAUAGGGUUUUGUCCAUACUGCAAGAGCAGUUUCAAAUGAAACCUCCUGAUCUUUCUGCCUUGUGCAUGCCUGAAUUCCCUGAUGCUAGAACUGACUAUAUGACAUUGGGUGAGAGGAUACCAAAGGCUAGGAAGUCGGUGUUGGGAUUACCGAAUUCAGAUAAAAGGACUAGUGGCAAGAGACAGUGGGAGGAAAGUCCGCAAAGUAAUUUAACUUCUCCCACCCCACCAAAAAGCCCAUUUUCUUCUCUGGCUUUGUUAAGAAAACAGGUUUUAAAAUCAAAUCCACUCAGGGAUCCAUUCUCACCACUAAAUAUUGAUCUGAAUGACAUUAACAAGAACUCAGAUCAGGUUGGUUUGGUGAAGGAUUUCAGCAAAUCAGGCAACUUGCAUGGAGAAAGUAACAUUAAAGGAAUGAACGUUUCAGACCAUCAAGCUGACAGAUCUGCAGAGACAAAUGCACAAAGUUCUAAUAUAGAUAUCAGCCAUAGUGGAUCUCAUGCUCAGAUGGGUGACUGCGAUGGUCACACUGAUGCUGGUCAUAUGGUUACGAGAGGUUUGGAGCAGUUAAAUAAUGAGCAGUCUUUGGAGAAGAACUCAGGUGGAGAGACUAUAGCUGCCGGGCAAGGUGAUUCUCAUGGGAGCAUGGAGCGCUGCAAUGGCUGGAAUCAUAUGGAUAUCAGGACUGCUGAUGAAAACUCAGGCAUGCAAAAUAGGGACACUGAAGUUCAACCCAGUGGGCAUGACAUCACAGACAAAGAGAAAAUGCACGACACAUGCAUAUUUAUUCAAGGACUGUCUCCUGCUCAAGUACAAGUGGAAGCUGAUGACGAAACUAACACCUCCAAUGAAACUGAAACUGAUAUUCAGAAUAAUGUAUCUUGCCGAACAGAUGAGCACGUUGAAGAUAUGCCAUCAAUGUCAGCAUUUCCAGAAGAACAAGAGCACAAUGGCAAUGAUGCACACACCAGUGAGAACUGGAGUGGCAAUCAGAAUCCAUCUGAUCAAUCAAAUUCUGCUGCUGUUCAGAACCACUCAGUGGAUAUGCAAAGUGCAUUGCCUGAUAUUAAUCCUGAACAACAUAUCAUGAAGCAGCAUCCAUUGACCAAAAAGCAACCGAGAAAAAACAGUUGCAUGCCUGGAAACCGUGAAAGGAAAGCACUUAAAUUCAGGCCCAGUCUUGCAGAUGCUGGCACGCUGUUUGAGAAUGGGGUGAGGCGAAGCAAAAGAAUCAAGAGCAGGCCAUUGGAAUUUUGGAAAGGCGAAAGAUUAUUAUUUGGUCGUGUUAAUGAGAGCAUGAAGCUUGUUGGUGUAAAGUAUGUAUCUCCAUCGUUGGGAAAUAUGAAAGUGAAGUCUUAUAUUUCUGAUGAGUACAAAGAGGUUGUAGAUCUGGCAGCUCGCUACUAAGCAUCGGAUCGGAGUUAGUGUGUGCUGAAAAUGGCUCCGAGUCAGCCUCAGACUCCCCUUCCCGCAAAACACAACACAAAAGGUUCCCUCUUGAAUUUUGUGAUUGCGGAUUAUUAUAUGAUAUAUCCACUUACUACUGCUUUUAACUUUUUUUAUCAUAUGGCAUUACUUUCC